UUGCCGUGGGCAAAUCUCGACGUCCGAGCACAGUCACGUGACUUGAGCGCAACAAUGACGUAGAUUUGUUGCGACAUCUGCUACCAGGUCCUCGCAUGUGAAUGUCGCCUGCGCGUAUUAUUGGAAUAGCCUAAAUAGGUGUCUAGGUGGUGUGAGAUGUUGGAGUCGGUUUUCCGCUUGUGAGAUCAGUCGCAACGUUCCAGAUGACCACCAGAUUACUGGGCCGUUGGGCCCGACUCCUGGGGACGUGGUGCCCUGUCAGUGCCUCUUCAGCGACUGCCUACCUUCCUCCUCUGCUUGCCUCUCAGUCCUUAGGGCCACAGCUGCAUUCCCAGAUGAGGAGAAUGUGUGACGGCCGCCCCCUGAUGAAAGUGGACCACGACAAUAAUAGCACCUUUGUGCUGGAAACGGUGUUAGAAAAACAUAUUCAAAAGGCCAGUAGCCCACAGGAAGUCUUGCAGUUCUGGAAUGACGAUGGCCGUAGUGGCAACCAGGCUGCCAUUUGCAUCAUCAAGCUGGCAAGGCUCUCGGUGGAAAAUGGUGUCUUGGACUGCUCCCAUUAUCUACAGGAUCCCAGAAUGACAAAAUUGUUAUGCACGGUUUCUUCUGAGGUCUCGACGGUGUGGAACGGCAAUCUGGUGGCCGUGGUGCGGGCGUUGUUCCUCUUGGGCGUGGCUCAGGAAGGGAAGCUGAUGAACGCGAUAGUGACGGAGGCCCUGUGGCGGCUGCGGCGCUUCUCCUACAAGCAGCUGGCCACUCUGAUGGGCUGGGUCGGCACCCUGGAAGCCCCGCAGGGGCAGAUGCUGCAGUUGCAGAACCACCUGCUGAAACAGCUGGAGCUGCGCUGGACGGAGCUGGCCGACGCCCGAACGGCCAGCGUGCUCAUAGCUCGGGUGGGGCAUCUGUCUCCCACGUUCAUGGACAAGCUGGAGGACAAGGCUCUGGAGCUUGCAGAGAAGUUUGAUGCGGACGACAUCCGAAAAGUGGCGCUGUCAUUGGCAUCCCAGGGCCGACGUUCAGUGCCCCUGUUGCGUGCACUGUCCUACCACCUCCAACAGAAGCCAGCCCUUGAGCUCAGCACCCCACUGCUUCUGGACGUCCUUUAUGCCUUCGGAAAGAUAAACUUCAAGCAGGACCAGUUGUUCCAGCGGAUUUCAGCAGAGCUGCUGCCCAGGAAGGCGGAGCUUAGCUCCAGUGAUGUCACGCGGUGCGCCAAGUCCUUGGCUUACCUGAAGUGGCUGGAGUGCGACCUCUUCGAGCGCUUCAGUGAGCACUAUCUGGAAAACAGCGAGACAUACAGCACGCUGCAACUCUGCAGCCUACUGCUGUCCCUCGCCCGACUCAACUUCCCACCCAGCAAAACUGAGGAGUUCUUCAGCAAGGUGCACGAGGCCCUGAACGGGCAAGUCCAGGACUUGGAGCCAUACCUGCGGGUGGACUUGGUCUGGUCACUGUGCAUUUUGCGGCAGCUAAAACCCCAGUACCUGCAGUCUGUGCUUGACCCUGUCUUCCAGACAAACCUGACAGGUGGAAACCCCUCUCGGGCACAGAAUUACAGACUCAAGCUGCUCCACAUCGCUACUACCGCGCAGCUGGAAAAAUUGUCCCCUCCUACAACCUCCUCUGUCCUCAGCCUCCAUCUUCCAGCCCAAACCCAGGAGACCAGGCCCACACUGCUGCAGGCCAGCCUGAAGGAGGUUUUGCGGAGCCUGACGAGCAACGGAGGGUCCUUCCGCGCGGGGGUCAACACCAUAUACGGGUGGACAAUAGAUGGGGAGCUGGUUAUAGACUCACACAACAAGCCCGUGGACCUGCUGGCCAUCGAAGCCCCUCACCUCUGUGAGGGUGGAAAAGGUUCCCCCAUGCCCUACGGGGCCCAUAGGAUUGCCUUCCUGGUUGGGGAAUUCUCCUACUACAACUCCAGAAGUAAGGAGCUGAUGGGUCGUUUCGCAAUGCAGAAACACCACCUGCAGCAGGCUGGCUUCCUUACUGUGGAGGUGCCGUACUUUGAGUGGCAGGAGCUGAAGAACGACUGGCUGAAGGUGGAAUAUCUGAAGGAUAAAUUGAGGAAGGCUGUGGCAGUGGAAAUGGCUAAAUAACCUAAAGGUCACAGCUUGUUCACCUCCAAAGGAAAUGCGAAGCAACCGUACUGCAUAUCCGCAGAAUUAUGCCCUUCAGUUUUUAGAACAUACACGCAAGUCAGGACUUUCCCCUCCAGCACUUUUUCUGAGAGAGCACCUGGGUCACUACUGGUUGCCCAGGCAGGUGUGUGUGUGUGUGUGGGGGGGGGGGGGUUUCCCUGUUGCCAUGGAGAUGGCCAUAAAAUCAUUCCUGAUGAAGUUGGGGAGAAUAAAGCAAACCGAAAUUGCAGCGAUAGGAUGCCUUCAGAAACCAUCUACGAGCAUGUAUUUGGUCCAAGAACGAGAGAUUAAGGGAGGUUGGGAAGCAGGGAGUGCGGGAUUUGCAGCUCCAGCCAAAAAGACUGUAUAUUCUCACCCUUGACUCUUGAUUUUGAAUAGACAAAUGGAAUCUAGCCAUUUUGUUAUGUUAUACUGUAAACAAUAAUCAUUUAUCAUUAUAUGUCAUAACAUCCUUUGGGAAUUGGUAUGCCCAGGAAUUUACGUAUGUCUGAUUUCUCUGCCACAGUUUUUAGAAUCAUCUGUUAAUAUACACCCAGCCUUCCCAACUGCAACACAGUAGUCUGUUAUCUUGGCUACUGCUCAUGCAGUUUUGCCCCGACUGCUAUGAGGGCCUCUAUCCAUGUAGACUUGGUAGUGUCACAUAUAUUAAUGUAGGCAUACAGUAAAGGCAAAAAAAAAAGUUUGUUAAUGAUUUGUUCAAAGUAUUCUGACCCUAUUCUCACCCGCCAGAAUAGAGAAUUCUGUCACCCAUUCUCAUAUUACAGUCCCCUCCAAAAGUAUUUUAGCCACAAGGUCAAUUCCUUUGCUUUUAGUAAAACACUGAAUAUAUUAGGGUUUGAGAAUCUCCUCUUCAGGCAGUGAAAUGCAUGCUCAAAUGGGUUCAUGUCUGGUGAUUGACUUGGCCAUUCUGAAACCUUCCUCUUUUUCCUCCCUAAUAAAGUCCUUUGUUGUGUUGGAAGUAUGUUUUGGCUCAGUGUCUUGCUGCAUGAUGAUGUUCUUCCCAAAUAGUUUGGACAUAUUUCUCUGUAGGUUGGCAGACAGAAUGUUAUUGUAGACUGAAUUCAUCCUGCUGCUACCAUCGUGAGUUACAUCAUCAAUAAGGAUUAGUGAGCCCAAUCCAGAAGCAGCCAUGCAAGCCCAGGCCAUGACACUUCCUCCACCAUACAUCUUUUGACCUCAAACUGAAUUGUCUUCAGUGUAUGGCAAAAAUAAAGGAAUUGACCUUGCUGUUCCAAUACAUUUGGAGGGGACUUUAUGUAAUACUGUAGUCUAGAAAUACUCUGGUCUACAGUGUGAACAUAUUAUUGCGGCAUAGGUUGCAUCUUGCUGUAUACAUGGCAAGGCAUUCAUGUCAAUACAAUACAAUGACCUCGGUGCAAAAAUCCUCAGAGUGGCACUUCAUCCCAUAAAUGUGUGAACAGAAUGUUAAUUUAUUUUUUGGCACUGCCAUCUCUAUGGCUCACUGACAGGGCCUUGCUGGCCUGGGGGCUCUCCCGCAUGUUUGUGUUCUAAAAAGGCAGCAGAAAUAAAUGGAGCGAUGAGUGUUGUAAUGUGUUCAUGUGCUUGAUGUUGCUGGAAUCAAUGAUUGGCUCUUAACUGUGGAUUAUGCUCAGUAAUAAAUGCUUGUUUUUGA